UAUAUUUCAGUGAUUCCGUCUGACAUCAGAUCGGCGCGGAGCUCCUUCCAUCGUUGCCUCCAGCCACUGCAGUCUCGUUGGCCGAGGUUUGGUCCUUCAAGUCGGCCGUCGCAGCUUCUUUCGCUAUCUCCUUGGAGUUCGUCAGUUCGGCAUUUGCUCCUUUAGAUCGGUAAAAUCUGAAGAUUCAAUCCUUCCGUCCUUGCUCGCUGUUGCUCUCGGCCUCUCGGCCUCUCGGUGUGCUCACGACCAAUCUUUCCACUCUCCUUCGAGUUCGAAAACCCCUGUCUCUUUCGAGGUCGACGUUUGCUUCAGGUCCGUCCCCCUUCGCGUGCUUCAGUUGGGCUCGGCUGGUUCAUUACAAGACUCCACUCCCCUGCCUCUUCCUGUUCUUCCUACUUCACUGGUUCCGAUCGACCACACAUUCGCUGAUUCAUCAUAAGCUUCUGUCUCUGUUGACUUGAGUUUUUCGGUGGAAUUCUUGGCAGAAUUGUAACUAUUACAUAGUUUCCAUUGCCACAUGGAUCCGAACACAGUGAAGUCGACGCUGUCUAAUUUGGCAUUUGGAAAUGUUAUGGCAGCCGCGGCCCGCGAUUAUCAACAGGAAUUGCUUGCUCAAGAGAAGGCACAAACUUCAAGUUCUGUAAACCAGGAAGUUGAUCUUGAUGAGUUAAUGGAUGACCCAGAGUUGGAGAAAUUGCAUGCAGAUAGAAUUGCAGCUCUUAAGAAAGAAGCAGAGAAACGAGAGUCAUGGAAGAAGAAAGGUCAUGGGGAAUACAAGGAGAUAACUGAGGGGGAUUUCUUAGGUGAAGUCACUGGCAGUGAGAAAGUGAUAUGUCACUUCUAUCAUAAGGAGUUUUAUCGAUGCAAGAUAGUGGAUAAGCAUUUAAAGUCCCUUGCUCCAGUGCAUGUUGAUACGAAGUUCAUUAAGCUUGAUGCAGAGAAUGCUCCCUUCUUUGUUGCAAAGCUGGUAGUCAAGACUUUGCCAUGUGUCAUAUUGUUCAGACAAGGGAUUGCAGUAGAUAGAUUGGUUGGGUUUCAAGAUCUGGGAGGGAAAGAUGAUUUUACCACAAAAACGCUGGAGGUUCUGCUGAUAAAGAAAGGCAUUAUUAACGAGAAAAACGAGGAGGAUGACGAAAAUGAUGGAUAUCAUGAGAAUUCAAUUAGAAAAGUCAGAUCCUCCGCUGUUGCCGAUUCUGAUUCUGAUUAAUAUUAAUCUGCUGCCAUACCUCCAAAAAAAAAAAAAAAAGGAAGGAAAAACAUGAAUCCACAGCUUACCUUGUUGACGGAUUGCUGGAUAUUAUGACCACUGGCACAUAAUAUUUGUUUAUGUUUAGGUUUUGGAUGAUUCGCAUGGGCUUAGGAACUCAUCAUGUCUUGGAGUUGGACUUUUGUCCGAUAGUGACUUCCAAAUCCAAUUAUUGGUUACACUGGUCAGUGCUGUUUGUUUUUUCGUGUUAAACCAUUGCAGUUUAGCAGCA